CACACUGCUACCCCUGGUCGCCGACUCGCCGUCGCUCGUCCUCUGCUGCCACCAGGCUCUCCCCCUGUAUCCUCGUGCAGAUCCCCGACGACUCUUCGCACGGCGGAGCUCGCUCCAUCCACCUUGAGCACAACCUGUUCGAUGAAAUGCCCAGCUCGUUGUCCCUUGUUUCUCCAGUCGUAUCCGCAACUGCGCACAUUAUACACAAUUAGCAGACUCGAUUGAGUAAGUCCGAAUUGCUCAUUUACAGUACGGAUUCAUUUCUUUUUUCCUUGUCACUGGGUUGCUGUUGUACACUCUGAGUUAGCAAGGAUUGGGUUGGUAGCAUACAAGUGAGAUGGCAUUUAAGGUGUUAGGCGGAAUAAAUCUGCAUGCACUUUCCCUCCGCCUGCACAUGCUGGAUGAGGUGUUCUGUUACGGCCCCUUUAACCGUAGCAUGCAGAGGAGGUGGAAGAAGCCAGUGGAUUCGGCGCGGACUCGUCUGGAGGGCAGAACGAGAGACCAUAGGCUGGACAAGCUGAUGAUUCAGCUCAGGAACUUGAGGCAGGCUUUGGAUUUGCACGAGGUGAUAUCUCAGCAGAGGAACGGCUACGCAUCUCUCCAGCUCCUUUUGAGGUGGAGGCGUGAGAUUGGGUUGAACAUUGAGAUCGGUGCUUUCCUCAAGAAAUACCCCCAUAUUUUCGAGAUUUAUGUGCACCCCGUCAAAAGGAACCAUUGUUGUAGGAUCACCCCAAAGAUGGCUGAUUUGGUCGCAGAAGAAGAUGCUGUCGUCAGGGAGAACGAGCCCGCCAUAGUUCAGCGGCUGAAGAAACUUCUCAUGAUGUCUACGAAUGGAACUCUGAAUAUGCAUGCGAUCUGGCUCAUCAGGAAGGAGCUCGGUCUGCCCGAUGACUACAGGUCUUCUAUACUGCCAAACCAUCAGUCUCAGUUUUCUCUUGAAAUCCCUGAUACUUUGACAUUGAUCUCUAGGGAUGAGAAUCUAGCUGUAGCUAAUGUCGAAAAAUGGAGGGAAAAGGAGUAUACAGAGAAAUGGCUAGCAGAAUAUGAGACAAAAUAUGCUUUUCCAAUUAACUUUCCUACUGGAUUCAAGAUUGAGAAAGGAUUUAGGGAAAAGCUUAAGAAUUGGCAGAGGCUUCCCUAUACCAAACCUUACGAGGAAAACGGUUUGCAUCCAAUCAGCAAUGCCGAGCGGCUUGAGAAACGCAUUGUUGGUAUUAUUCAUGAGCUUUUAAGCUCGACAGUAGAAAAGAUGAUUCCACUUGAGAGGCUGGCACACUUCAGGAGACCUUUCUCUAUGGAGGUAAAUAUGCGGGAACUUCUUCUUAAGUACCCUGGCAUUUUCUACAUUUCGACCAAAGGAGGCACACAAACAGUGGUUCUUAGGGAGAGUUACAGUAAAGGAUGUCUGGUUGAGCCUAACCCUGUUUAUAGUGUCCGAAGGAAAAUGCUAGAUCUCAUAUUGUCUGGAUGUCGUAACAUUGGUGAAACUGAAAAGGUAACUUGGCUCAUUGAGGAGAACAAUCAAGGAAGCAGUCAUGGGUUACAUAAUCACACAUGGCCAGUGGAUAGCAUGAAUUCCAUGUUGCAGUUUGAAAGCGACUCCUGUGGAGAAGAGGCAUCUUCUUGUGACUUGCGCGAAAGUAAGAUUCAGUGAAGCUAUGCAGUAACAGGACAAGAUGCUCUCUGAAGUACAAGUUGUGAAACUGGGCUUCCUAAAUUUUGUACCCAAAAAACUCCCAUCAGUUUUUCUUCUUGUGUCUGCAUCAUGGUGU